AUGUUUCCCCCCCUUCCCUGCCUCCUUUGCCUCACGCUCCUCCUGCCGUCAUUGGGCUGGUGUCAGACCGGCGGUCAAUUCAAUGUUUGCCGAUCUCUACGUGUCUCGGAGGCUGGACCAGGAUGGGAGUUAUACGCCUGUCAGCCUCCACCUGCCAACAUGAAGGAGGUGAUGCAGAUCAAAGUUGACCCCCCCGGCAUCACUUGCGGAAACCCACCAGAGAGAUUCUGUACAUUGGAGAACCCGUACCUGUGCAGCGAUGAGUGCGAUGCAUCAAGCCCCGACUUGUCUCACCCUCCUCAGCUGAUGGGAGACAGGGAGCGAGGGGGGCUCAUCACCUACUGGCAGACAGUCACAUGGUCCAGGUUUCCUGAGCCCCUAUUGGCCAACAUUACAUUGUCCUGGAACAAGAGUCUGGAAGUUGUCGAUGACAUUGCCAUCACUUUCGAGUAUGGUCGACCAACCAGCAUGGUGCUGGAGAAAUCCCUUGACAAAGGUGUAACGUGGCAGCCAUAUCAGUAUUAUGCUGAUGACUGUCUGGAGGCAUUUGGUAUGUCUCCUAAACGAGUCUCCGAAUUAGCUCCAAGUAACCUAACCAGGGUUAUCUGUACUGAGCAGUACUCUCGCUGGGUCGGAGCCAAGGAGGAGAAGAUGGUGGUAUUCGAGGUACGUGCUCGGUUCGGGGUGUUUGCAGGUCCAAAGCUGAUCAACAUGGAUGCCCUUUACACCCGUAUGGAGACCAUGAAGGGUCUGAGAGACUUCUUCACCUUUACUAACCUCAGACUGAGACUCCUCCGCCCAGCACUUGGAGGGACCUAUGUCCAACGAGACAAUCUUCUGAAAUACUUCUAUGCUAUUUCCAACAUUGACGUACCUGCCAGGUGUAAGUGUAACCUGCAUGCGUCCCAGUGUGUGUUACGUGAUGCGACGUUGCAGUGUGAAUGUGAUCACAACACAAGUGGACAGGACUGUCAGCGCUGUGGCCCGGGAUUCAAUCCCCGGAGCUGGAAACCAGCGUCAUACCUACCCCUGCCCACAGGAACUGCCAACACAUGUGAAGCAGCAGAAUCAGCAGCCAACUGUGAGUGUAACGGGCACUCCAACCGCUGCAGCUACAUUGACUUCAUCAACGUGAUCACUUGUGUGAGCUGCAAACACAACACACGAGGACAGAACUGUCAAUACUGUCGUCUUGGUUAUUAUAGAAACACUUCUGUGGAACUGGACGAUGAGGAAGUCUGUGUUGAGUGUGACUGUGAUCCAGAGAGCAGUCUCUCUCCUCACUGCUCUGACUCAGGUCUUUGUCAGUGUAAACCUGGAUCCUCGGGCCGGCGCUGUGACACUUGUUCACCUGGAUACAACUGGAGAAAAGAUGGAGCCAGCUGCAUAGAGAACAUCUGUGAUGACGAGCGUUUGAUUUGUCAAAAUGGAGGAACCUGUGAUGACUUUCAGCAGUGCCUUUGUCCCGACAACUUCACAGGUCCAUUUUGUGAGAAGGGUGUGUGUUUGAAGAAAGACGGUUGCCUCGACAACACUGAAGGCUCCUCCUCCUCUCUGACUUCACACCUCUACCUGUUGACCCUGAGUCUGAUGUACUCCGCCUUGUUCUAACCAUUCCCAUUUACAUUCCACCAUGCCCUUUGAUUGUGACAUUAAGGGAUGAAUAUUAAAGGGGACUUUAAUACAGAGCCAUUUGUUUUAUAUGAACUGAACCUGUUUCCUGUAUGCACAGGAUGUGUUUUCAUAAUAGAAACACCUAUGAGGAUGAAUCACAGUCUGAUGUGUUGUCCUGGAGCAACAUUUUGGAAAGUUAGAAACACUAUAAUGUCGGCUUCUAAGGCAACAGUUAUAAGUCAGAGUCUAUUUAUGACACCAUGAUGUCGCAAAACACAACUGAAGAGAAAUAGCAGACACAGACAAUAGAAGGGCAGACACAAAACAACAGUAAUUAUACAGAAUAUAAAACGUAUAUGUAAUCAGCAUACAGUGUACCAAACAACAUGUCUUAACAGAUAGGAGCGCCAAGUAGAAAUCCUUAUUGACUUGAAAAAACUGAAAUGACUUUAAAAUAAAGACAUUCAAUGCUAAAACAUAGGUUUGGGAUACACUAUCAUAAAGUCACAAUUUUGACUGGAAACAAAAUGCGCCAUAAAAUAUUUAGAAAAUAUUCUUGACUCCAGUAUUUUUUUUUCUUUCUUACAUUACUGUACUUAUAUAUUUUAGCAAACUUGGAUUGGUUGAUUUAUUGAUGUCUUCAUAUCGCACAUUUAAAAAAAUAACAACAAUAGCUGUAGUUAAAAAUAUAUUUAAAAAAAAAUAAAACAAAUACACAACAAAAGAAAGAAAAUAAAAAUUCCAUCAUAUGUCAUCAAACCUACAUGCCCGAAAACCUUUGAAAGUAAGAAAAGCCUUUAAUGUUAAUCUUUGAUAAUAAAAUACCCCUCUACAAAUGUGCUAUAAUAACCACAGAAAGGAUACAAUUCGUCACUUACAAAUAAACUUAUUUGCAUUUUUCCUGUCAUGUCCAUGCUUGUUUUGUUUACAUUUAAAGAAAAUUUCAAACCUGCUUGCUUUUAUACUUCAAUAUACAUUGUUUACAUUUGGUAUGGGGCUGGCUAAAUACAGAAAUACGGGCGCAUUGAAAGUGUCUAUUAGGAGUUAUAAAGUCCACAUCAAAGCACUGAUGGUUUUUACAGUGAAACAACACUAAGCGCUAGAUCAGUGCGAACACACCUGCGAGUCUGGGAGUGUGGAGGUUAGGAAUGGGCCAUUUACUCAAAAGACAUUCAC